UUACCUCUUUGGUUUAGAUGGAUACUACUGGCCAUCAAGGUAUUUGUUACGUAUCCAAGGUCUCACCUCAGUGGCACAAUCUUGGUCUGCGGGCGCAGUAUUCUUUUCCCCGACAUACUUUAAGGGCCACCUUGUACAGUACAAAGUACUGGGCCGAUAAGCCGAAAACGUUUUAUAUUGUGAUCGACAAAUGAUACAUAAGCAGCAGACCACUUCUAGGAAUCCCUCUCAAUUUGUCUGUCUGAUGCGAUUGAGCAUACCAAUACUUGUUUCACUUGCAAAAUGGGGUUAAGCCAGUCGACUGAACUUGGCCCGGCCUCCUCGCCAGAGGAGCUAAGUCACAUGCUUGCUGAACGCUUCGCAACCAAAUGCUUCACUCCCUUAGAAUUAACCCACUUCAAGGACAAUUUCUUUACCCGUGCGACGGGGCAAGGGGAGUUGAAGUACUGGAAUGAAAAGAUCUUGUCCGACUUUCUAGCUAUACCAGAUAGCAGUGACGCCGAGUGUCCACUGGAUGCUGGUCCGGUGAUCUUCCGUAUGGUGUCGUACCUGGGGGCCUUUCCGUUCCAGAACACAUUGGCUCCAAGCGUACUGACAUUCGAGGCCAUGGUUAAAGUAGUUGUAUUGCUAACCGAGAGAUAUGGGAAAGUCUUAAGACGAGCGCGGAAGGACAGGAUCAGGCUGCUGUUUGGGAGCCUUGCCGAUGUAGGGAGGAAGGACGUUGAUCAGCCGGCGAACGAUGAGGAUUCUAAGGAAGAUAAGUGCGAUUCUUGCGCUAUUAAAUCCCAUGCGCCUGGAUUUUCUGUGGAUGAGCCUACGAACGAUGACGACGAAGACGAUGACGACGAUCUUGCGCUUGCGGCUUUGGAGUCUUUAGACGCGAUUGAGGUGUUCAGGCACGACUCCCGCAUUGAUAAGGCAGUCUAUGAAGCUCGGAUAUCUAUUGCCACAUUUCGUCGCCUUCUGAUGCUACUCCUUGCCAUCUCACCUUUAAAGCCCCUAGAACCAGUAAAGACAUAUACGUCCGACAUGAGUGAAGGGCGAAUGCGAACUGUAAGGCAGCAAGCCGAUGAUAUCAUAGCAGCAUUUCCUCAGGAAGAGUCGGGAGGGAUUAGCUAUAAAGCGUUUGCUAAAACCAUUGAUACAUCGUUGCCGUAUCUAUUUGAUCCUUUGACGCCACUAUUCGAGCAUCUACUUUUCAGCAAGAACUUGAAUCUGUCCCAAAAGCGUGGCCGAAGCGACUCAACAGAGCCUACAGAUGAGACGUCAGAGACACCCUUGCCGACACCUGCAUCAAUUAUGCUCCCGGGAAGCUUCGAGUCUGCGAUAUUGAACUCAAGCAUUGUAUCACAUCUGUCAUUUUUCCUUCCAUCCCCCAACGGCAGCAAGAACCUUCUCCGUGAUAACUUACGUCUACAUCCCAUUUUCUCUACGGCAGCGCAUGGCUCAUCUCUAACCUCAUUCUCUCACAAUGUUCUUACCUGGCAGUCGGGCACAUUAUUGCUGCUUGAGGGGGCCGUUGCCGGGCCGUCUGGUGAGCAUAUGGUCACACUAGGAGCAUAUUUGCCACAACCCUGGAAAUCCGGAUCCUCAGCCCAGAGUUCUCGACUUUCGGAGACAUCUGCCCUUCCUUGCCUUUUCCAACUGUCUCCGAAACACCUACUGCUGCCCGGGAACCCAUCAUCUUCAAUACAGAAUCCCGACACUCCCGCAGCGUAUUUCUCCAAUCAUUCGGGUAUUUCGCUUGGCUGUCGAAUACCGCCGGCAUCUCGGAGCCAACGCCUAGCCCCCUCGCCGCUAGGCGCGGGCAGCCUAACGAUAGAUACGAGUCUUGAGACGGCAGAAUUUCAUGUCGCCCCAUUCGGGCAUAAUGGUGUUUUCCUCCCUGCCGGUACCAGCUCACCUUCGGACCAUGCCACCAAAACGCACAUUGACAUCUACAACCUUGAACUAUGGGGGUUUGUCCCUGAUCCUGAUGUUUCCUCCUCCGAGAAGAGUGCCAUCGACCUACAAAAAGCGAAGUGGGAUUUCGAAGCAAGGGAAGCAGAAAGAAGACGAAGUUUGAAUAUAAAGGCCGGGGCUGGAGAUUCCGCUAUGGAGGGAGCUAGAUGGUUAUUAGAAACGGCAGGUAUAAUUAGCGAUAGUCACGGACGGGGUGGAGGAAGCGUUUGACGAUAAAUGCGAUAUGGGUUUUAUCUUCUUAAAGCGUUCUGGAGGUACAGGACAUUUGAUGCUGCAGGCAGUGAAUUGGUUCUUGAUAAUGCACAGGAUCUAAUGAAUACAUGUCUUUUGAUGAGUGAA